AUGCCUGGACGACAGUUACCGGUUGCUCCCGGCGGCGCCACCGAGUACGAAGAGAAGCUGAUGGAUAGGUUUCAGAAGCUAGAAGAGCUAAUGCCGUGGGACCACAAGAUGGACACGGUGGACAUGCUCGUUGAGGCCGAGAAGUAUGCCAAAUACCUUCAGGCCCAGCUCAAGGUGCUCCAGGAAAUGCCUGCCCACACCUCCCCUGCCUUGUCUUCCGGCCAGACCUCUGAAGCUGACGCCGGCGCCGUAGACUCCGAGGCCUUGUUGAUUAUGAAAAAUCUGAGCCGGAACCAGCUGCUACAGUUUCUAGUCAACUCGCCUAAGAUGCAGUCGGUAUACUACCCCACUCAAACCUGCAUCUUCUCCGCCGAGCAGCUCCCGAAAUCCGCUGAUCAGCAGAAGUGA